AACAAAAGCCAGCAGACAUCAAUUUCUUUUACUGUCCUCUCGCAGAAACCUCCAAUUGAUCGCGCUACUUCACUUCCAAUUGAUUCAAUCGACAUCUCUAAGCUCUCAAUCAUCGACGACGACAGGCCGAUCGGUGUUGGGACAAGUCCUUAUAAGGAAGGUAGCUUACGGUUGAUCGCUCGCAAACGCAGGCGGCGCGGGUCUCGGCCUGUGUCUGGUCGGAGCUCCGAUCGGAGUGGAGCUCGACGGUGUUGCUCAGUUGGGGCGUCUGCCGCUCAUGGGACCUGCUCGGAUUUCCCGUUAGCGGUGGGUACUGACUCUAGCGGCGAGCUCUUUGGGAAUGGGGACGCCAAUUGGGCGUCGGAUGUGAGUGAAGCGAAGAAUUCAUCGAGGAGGGAGAGGGAAAGGGAGAGAGAGGAGAAAGAGAAUUUGGGUAUUGGUGUUGGGUUUGGGCAGUUUGGGAAUUUCGAUGCUCAAGGGAACGAGUCUGGAUAUGGGAACGAGCCGGGAUAUAGAGGGGACGCAGAGUUUGGGUAUGAGGAUGAGCUUGAUGAGGAGGAAGAAGACGCAAGGUUGUUGUUUUGGGGUGACCAAUUUGGAGAAGAUUCUAAGAUGGAGAUGGUUGGCGAGAACACAUUCUUGGAUCAGAAGGCACAUUACAGAUGUCGUCGCAAGAAGCAUGAUUGCUGAAUGGUCGAUUCACCAAGAUAACCAUUCAUUGCAAUGGGUUCCUUGUCAUCCGGUCACUUUUUUACUUUUAACUGAGGUUUUUUGGCCCAUGGAAGACGCCUUUUAUGCGGUGCUUACCCUUUACUUUCACUUCCCAAUCUUUGUGAGAUUGUUGCAGCUGGUUACCCCACCAGGAUUAAAUUUGCUCUUGGUUUUGAUACUGUUAUACAUUCUUGAAAGGCUUCUCGAUGUGCAGUACAUUGAAGAACAUUAUUAUUACAAUUAAUCUUGUUGCGCUGA